CUUCUUUCCCUUUCUCCUCUAGCGUGCUCUGAUACCAUGUCAAGAACCAGUUGCUCCCAAUAACUCUCUUUUUCCUCUCCUUCACGUUCUCCUUCAGCAAUCAAUUUUCAUUCACCAUCUCCGAAGUCUCCAUUUAUCCCCCGAGACAAAAUCGCCGAACGCCGAGAGCCCAGACGGUGGUGACGCCAUUUCCCUUUCCUCUCUUUACCGACAUGAUGAGGACAGGAUUUCUGCUUCAGAAUCAAGCGGAAAACAGGUACUCACUGGGAGGGUUUCAGGAGUUUCGGCGGUGCUCCAGAAGGUUUAUAGCGAAGAAGACCAGAAUGGAAAAUCACGGGAGCUUGGUUUUAGGCUUGACAAUUCCUUAGACUCCCGCUCGACUCCCCCAUUUUCCUUCUUAAUUUGAGAGAGAUGGUGGUCUCCAUGAUAGUCAAGCUUCAGGUUUGUCAAUUCCUCAUAUUCCUCUUGGUGCUCUGUUCCUCUAUAAUUUGAACUAAUUUUUGUAGUUUUAAACAGCGGGAACUUCUUCCAAUUUUGAGUAGUCUAUUGGAUGUUGAGCUUAUUGUGUGUGGUGGUGGUUCAAGAACAAGCAACACAACAGAGAAGCAAACUGCAUUUCCUUGGAGUUGCACAUGGAUGUGAAUCGUAAUGGUGAUGCUUUACACAGUUCCAGUGAUUGGCUGGACUUACAGUUCCAAUUCGCACAAUCUUGGUGUUGGCAUUCUUCCAAGUGUAAAAAUGAAAAGAGGCCACCCUUGCAAGUAUUCAUUUGCAUGGAGAAUUUCUCUUCACUAGCAGCAAGGUGAUGAUGGAUCAGUUGAAAUCAGAGUUUUUUUUCUUCAUUAGCCAAUUCUGAAGUGGGCACAAAACACUGAAAGAAUCUAUCGCCAAGGAUGUCAAACUCAACCUGCAACCUGAUUUCAAGAUGGGUGCAACUGCAAAGCUGCAGCAGCAGCAACUGAGCCAGUUCCAUAACCAUCACUUGCUGCAGGAGUAUGAGAAGCAAAUAGGCUCGAAGACAGCAUCUUUCUCGGUGCAGGCAUACAGGAAAUGGAUCCCCAAGGCAAUGGUGGGGUGGGUCAUGGUGACUUGCGGCAUUGCUUUGUGGCUUUACAGUUACAUGGACGAUGACGGCAGAUUAAGGAGGAAAGAACUACUGCAGAGCAUGUGUGACCAAAGGGCCAGAAUGUUGCAGGAUCAGUUCAUUGCUAGCGUUAACCAUGUCCAUGCCCUUGCCAUUCUUAUUUCCACUUUCCAUUACUUCAAGAACCCUUCUGCCAUUGACCAGGAAACGUUUGCUGAGUACACUGCAAGAACAGCGUUUGAACGGCCAUUGCUAACUGGGGUCGCCUAUUCAGAAAGGGUGCCCGAUUCUGAGAGGGAAGAAUUUGAGAGGAAAUAUGGCUGGACGAUCAAGACAAUGCAAAGGGAGGCUCCUCCCAUUCGGAAUGAGUAUGCACCAGUAAUAUUGUCUCAAGAAACCGUCUCUUACCUUCAGUCCAUUGACAUGAUGUCUGGGGAGGAGGACAGAGAAAACAUAGUGCGAGCUCGGUCUACAGGGAAAGCUGUGUUUACAGGGCCUUUCAGGCUACUUGGCUCCAAUCAUCUUGGUGUUGUAUUGACAUUUCCAGUUUACAAGCCCAAGCUUCCUUCAUCUUCCACAGUACAACAGAGAAUCGAAGCGACUGCAGGAUAUCUUGGGGGUUCAUUUGAUGUGGAGUCCCUAGUGGAGAACUUGCUUGGAAAACUAGCUGGGAAUCAAGCGAUUUUGGUGAAUGUUUAUGAUGUGACCAACUCAUCGGAUCCAUUGAUCAUGUAUGGUCAUGAAGAUCAGGAAGGUGACACGUCACUUGUACUCGAGAGUAAACUUGAUUUUCAGGAUCCAUUUAGAAAGCAUAAGAUGGUUUGCAGAUACCACGAUAAUGCAUCAUGGAAUUGGUCAGCAAUCAUCACGACGGGAUUGUUCUGGAUGGUAGGUAUAUUAAUUGGAUACAUCUUUUACGGUGCAGGAAACCACAUUGUGAAAGUUGAGGAUGAGUUCAAUGAAAUGGAGGAGCUGAAAAGCAGAGCUGAAGCUGCUGAUAUUGCGAAAUCACAGUUUCUGGCUAUGGUAUCACAUGAAAUCAGAACGCCGAUGAAUGGUGUCCUUGGAAUGCUUGCCUUGCUCCUGGAUACUGAUCUUAGUUCAACUCAGAGAGACUAUGCUCAAACAGCACAAGCCUGUGGGCAGGCACUGAUAACUUUGAUAAAUGAGGUGCUGGACCGGGCCAAAAUCGAAGCUGGAAAGUUAGACCUGGAGACUGUCCCAUUUCACCUUCGAUCCCUAUUAGAUGACGUGCUUUCUUUGUUCUCUGAGAAGUCUAGGAACAAAAGCAUAGAGUUGGCUGUGUUUGUUUCGGAUAAUGUUCCGGAGUUGGUUGUUGGGGAUCCUGGAAGAUUCAGACAAGUCAUCACAAAUCUUGUUGGGAACUCAGUGAAGUUCACUGAACGAGGACAUAUUUUCCUUAGAGUUCAUCUAGAAGAGCACGCCAGGGCCGUCAAGAACUCAAAAUCCAACAUCAGUAGUCCUAUGGAUGGAGAGGAAUCCGAUUCCCAACAAUUCGGGACCUUAAGUGCUUUAGAGGCUGCCAAUGAGUGGAACAGCUGGGACACCUUCAAGUACUUCGUUGCUGAAGAAGGGUUCACAAUGAAAGAUUCAUCAAAUGGAGGAACAACUCAUGAAGAUGCAACUGGGAACCUUGUCACGUUGAGAGUGUGCGUGGAAGACACCGGGAUAGGAAUCCCUCUGCCGGCUCAGUACCGUGUUUUCAUGCCAUUUGUGCAGGCAGACAGUUCGACGUCGAGAACCUAUGGAGGAACGGGGAUUGGAUUGAGUAUCAGCAAGUCUUUGGUUGAACUCAUGGGCGGACAGAUAAAGUUUGUCAGCCGGCCUCGUGUUGGCAGUACUUUCACAUUCACAGCAGUUCUACAGAGGUACCAGGGAAAUGAUGUGAACAAUGCAGAGAAAAAACGAAAUGCUGAAGACCUGCCUUCGAGCUUUAGAGGACUGAAGGCGGUAAUAGUAGAUGCUAAACCGGUGAGGGCAGCUGUUACUCGGUAUCACCUUAGGAGGCUUGGCAUUGUAGUUGAAGUUGCUAGUAGCAUCAAGGUGGCAGCUACUAUGUUUGGGGAAAAUGAUACCCUUGCAGCCGGGAAGAACAGUCAGCCUGACAUAGUUCUUAUGGAGAAAGACGCAUGCUUCUCUGGGGAGGAACACGGUUCACCAGUAUGGCCAUCAGAUUGGAAACAGAAUGGAAAUAAGAAUAGUGUCCGAAAGUUUGCAAAGAUGAUCCUGAUAGCUACCAAUAUCAGCAACUGGGAAGUGGAGAGAGCUAAAGAAGCAGGGUUUGAAGACACUGUGAUCAUGAAGCCCUUGAGAGCAAGCAUGAUGGCUGCAUGUCUUCAUCAAGUUCUUGGAACGGGGAGGAAGAAGUCGCAAGGUAAAGGAUCGUCAAAUUACCUGCAGAGUAGUCUACUGUGUGGCAAGAAGAUUCUCGUGGUUGAUGACAACAGAGUGAACCAGAGAGUCGCUGCUGGGGCAUUGAAGAAGUUUGGUGCCAAUGUCGAAUGUGCUGACAGUGGCAAAGCUGCCCUUGAGCUGCUUCAGAUACCGCAUGGGUUCGAUGCUUGCUUCAUGGAUAUUCAGAUGCCUGAAAUGGAUGGGUUUGAGGCAACGCGACAGAUAAGGCAGAUGGAAGAGCAAGCGAAUGAGAAGUUGGAAGCAGAAGGUUCGAUCGUAGAAGACGGGGAGGAUGGAUGGCAUUUGCCGGUAUUAGCCAUGACCGCUGAUGUGGUACAGGCGACGUACGAGGAGUGCGUGAAAUGUGGGAUGGAUGGAUAUGUGUCGAAGCCAUUUGAGGAGCAGAAACUGCAUCAGGCAGUUGCCAAGUUCUUCCAAGAUAAGCCCAUUUCUAGGUCAUAAUCGGUCAACCAAAUUACAGAGGAGAUAAGAUUUUGAUGAUUCUUUUGACGGGCAAUGUAGAUGCAUUGGUUUGCUAACCGGUUUCAUGUUAGGCCUUGCUAAUGCUAGGUGAAGGAAAACGAUAAUGAAUGGAGAAGGUAGAAAUUAUGUGCCCACCAUCUCGUCUCAUCUCAUUUCAUGUUUAUAUAGCAUAGGAGAUUUGAGGGGAUGAAUCGGUGUUAGAAACCGAUUUCUGUAGGGUUUCUCUAUUUAUUAAUAUAAUUAUAAUUAGGGUAAUUAUCAAUAAGGUUAGUAGUCAUUUAAUAGAAUUAGGUUUUAUUGUUAGGGUUUUUCACUAUUUCUUAUAUAUAUAUAUGUACUUUGGGCUUCCAUUCAGAAUCAAUAAGAAGCAUAUUAAGAAAA